CUCAUGAAAAUCAGAAAUACAGAAUCACAAAUUAUCAGAAUAUUUUCUAAGAUCGAAGAAAUUAUAAGUAUGUUCAUUUAUAUACUCAGUACUUAGCUGGGGCUCUUUUACUAUGAAUUACUGCAUCAGUGUGGAGUUGGGUGUUUCUUAUAUUUUGAUUUUUGUUUUUUUUGUUACAUUUUUUAAUUUUUUCUAGCUGUAGGCCAUAAUUAUGAAAAUUAAACAUCCUAGUUAAUGUAAGGAGUCUAGAAUAUAUUAAAUUGUCAGUUUCUUAAAUAACUGAUGGAAAAUAUUGAAUGUUUUUACAAUAUUCAUAUUUUUUAGAUGCACGUCUGUACUUUAUUUUGGUUUCCAUUAAGUUUCCCUCAUGUUUUUUUUCCUCCUCUGUUCACCUGCUGUCUGGCCGACUCGCUCUGUUGCCACCAUCUCGCUCUCCCACCACCUCCUCCACCACCUCCUCCACCACCGCAUCCUGGUGCUCCAAACAAACCAUCUGCACACACACACACACACACACACACACACACACACACACACACACACACACACGGCGAAUCCAGGGUGAAAAUUCCUUCCUGCAGGCCACCGUAGCAAAGCUGGGCCCGCUGCCGAGGAUUCUGGGAGACAUCUCUCGCUGCCUGGCCUCUCCGACGCCCGUCCAGCAGCAGCUGAGACGCUUCCAGGACCAAAACUCUGCACACAACAUGAGCGGCAGCCUGUCGUCAGGGUUACAGCGGAUCUUUGAGGACCCCGCCGACAGCCGCAGCGACGUGCGCAGCGACGUGCGCAGCCUGCAGUCUCCGCUCGCUGACUUGAUGGAGGGUUACGUUCGGGGUCAGCGCCCCCUGCUGGCUCAGCAGCAUCCCUCCGCCCACACCAGCUUCUCCGACCAGGAGGAGCGGGACAGCCCGCUGCCCAAUGGCCGCAGCAUCUCUCUGGUGGACCUGCAGGACGCCCAGAGUCUGCACGGGCCCCCGGGGGCCCCGACGCACCACGAGGCCCCGCCCCGUCUCAGCAGGGUCGGCUCCCAGGCUUCCGUCGGACACGCCCCGCCCGCGUCGAACUACCCCCACUCCAACCCGCUGACCCCUCAGCCGGGGCCGCACCCGACCAAAGCCCCGCCCAGAGACGGCCAGCCGCAGAGCGCGCCGCAGACGAGGCGGCCGCUGCACCCGUCGCUCAGCCAGCAGCGCAGCCUGCAGCCGCUGUCCUUCCAGAACCCGGUCUACCACCUGAGCAACCCCGCCCACAGCCUGUCCACGCGCUCCGCCCACUCGCUGCGACAGGACUCCAGCUCCGAGAACCUGAGCACCGAGAGCUCGCACAACAGCCACAGCAACUCCGACGACUUCGGCAGCCAGGUGGGGGUCAAAGGUCGCGUGGCCUCCAACAGCAGCCUGGACGAGUCGGGCAGCAGGCGGAGCGUGCAGAGCGAGGAGUGUUCCACGCCGCGCCGACAUGCGCCGUCCGACCUCCCGCCCGGGGCCGCCACGGCGGUCGCUAUCCCCCGCCAAAGCACGACGGCGGGUACCGCCCACAUUGUCAAGGUGGAGCAGCAGAGCAGAGGAGGGGGCGGGGCCAGGACGCCACGCUCGCUCCCUCACAGCGCCUCGCUGCGCAGCAGCAGCAGCGCCAACACGGAGCCCACGCCCGGCCACGCCAGUCGCCAACAGGCCGCCUGCUCCGUGGAGAACGUGGCCCCGCCCCCAAGGAGCGCCCCCAAGCCUCAGCAGGUGGCGUCUCCGGUGGAGGCGGUGGCGGUGGCGAUGUCCCCGGUGGAGCGGACGGCGGCCUGGGUGCUUAACAACGGCCAGUACGAGGAGGAGGAGGAGGAGGGAGGAGGAGAGAGGAGCCGGGAGGAGGGCAGGAACACUGAGAAG